CAAGCCAAAUAAAUGUGAGUCAAAGAACACUUUGAAUUAUAGUCAACUCAAAACCUCAUUCUUUUUCCUUUUGCCAAAAUUCCUCAAUUCUCUCGACAGAUCUCGGGCACAAAUGCACAAUCUAUCUAGGGUUCAAUUUUGUUCUCCCAAUUUCAAAUCCAACACUCUUUUCUGAAAAUCCUAUCUUCUUUUUUCUUGACUUCAAACCCAAAUAAAACUUAAAAAUAAAAUGAAAGCAAUUAUUUUAUCACUAAUGAUUUCUGGGUUUUGCUUAUUCUAAUCAGACCUCAAAUGGGUUAUAUAAAAGUUUGUAUCUUUUUGAAUUUUAUCAAAGAAAUCCAUAGAUUUUAUCGCUAAAAAUUUCUGGGUUUUGCUUGUUUUAGCUAGGCCUUAAAUGGGUUUAUAAAAUUCAUGUUUUUGUUGAUUAAAGUUUAAAUCUUUUAAAUUUUCUUUUGAAAAAAAUGGCACUUAAGCUUCCAGCAGCUGAAGCUGCAAAAGUGGCUAUUCAAUCAAUUGGAUGUGGUUAUGAUAUAUCACUAGAUCUAAGGCUUAAGUAUCGAAAAGGCGGUGAUGAAUUUUCAGAUAAUUUAAGUAAAAAUAAUGAUACUAAUAAUAAUUUUAGGUUGAUUGAAAUUGAUGAAGAUGAAGGAGGUAGAGACAUUGUACUUCCUGGUGGUCUUUUAAUCCCAAAUGUUUCCAAAUCGAUUAAAUGCGAUAAAGGCGAACGUACUCGAUUUCGUUCUGAUGUUCUUUCUUUUCAGCAGAUGUCGGAGCAAUUUAACCAAGAAAUAUCAUUAACUGGGAAAAUUCCUUCAGGCCUUUUCAACGCCAUGUUUGAAUUUUCCGGAAGUUGGCAGAAAGAUGCAUCAAGUACAAAAGCCCUUGCUUUUGAUGGUGUUUUCAUCUCAUUGUAUACUGUCGCAUUAGAAAAGUCUCAGCUGGUACUAUGUGAUCAUGUCAAGAAAGCUGUUCCAUCCUCUUGGGAGCCUGCUUUGUUAGCAAGGUUUAUUGAAAAAUUUGGCACUCAUAUAAUUGUGGGUGUAAAGAUGGGUGGAAAAGACGUUAUAUAUAUGAAGCAGCAGCAUGCGUCAUCCCUCCAACCUGCUGAUGUACAGAAUAAGUUGAAGGCAAUGGCAGAUAAAAGAUUUUUGGACUCUGAUGGACAAUUUGUCAUUGAUUCCGAACACAUUUCUCAAAAUGACAAGUAUGAUGUCAGAGAGCACCGUCUAAGGUUUGCAGAUACUGACCCCUCAAGUUCUUAUUCUUAUAAGGAGGAUCUUGUAAGCAUAUAUAAAAGAAGAGGUGGGAGUGAUGAUAGGAACCUAAAACAUAACGAGUGGCUGCAUAGUGUACAGUUAGAGCCUGAUGUCAUCACAAUGUCCUUCAUUCCAAUUACCUCAUUGCUAAAUGGUGUUUCGGGAAGUGGCUAUUUGAGUCAUGCCAUUAAUUUGUAUUUGCGAUAUAAACCACCAGUGGAAGAGCUCCACCAGUUUUUGGAGUUUCAGCUUCCGAGACAGUGGGCUCCUGUAUUCAGUGAUCUUCCCCUUGGUCCACAACGUAAGCAGCAAAGUAUGGCUUCUUUGCAGUUCAGUUUUUUCGGUCCCAAGCUCUAUGUGAACAUCAGCCCGGUCGAUGUGGGUAAAAGACCAGUAACGGGCCUCCGGCUUUACCUUGAAGGUAAAAGAAGCAACCGCUUAGCAAUCCACCUUCAACACCUCUCCUCUCUCCCGAAAGUCUUCCAACUUGAAGAUGAUGUAAAUCAAAACUUCAACGAGGAAUCAUACGACCGUAGAUACUACGAGAAAGUUCAGUGGAAACACUUCUCCCAUGUCUGCACUGCUCCAGUGGAAUCCGACGACGAAUUAUCAAUCGUAACCGGAGCUCAGUUACAAGUAGGGGAUUACGGCUUCAAAAAAGUUCUCUUCUUACGGCUUCGGUUCUCGACCGUACUCGGUGCAGCAGCAAUCAAGAAUCCUGAGUGGGAUGGAUCUCCAGGAUUAGCCCGGAAAUCGGGACUGAUAUCUACUUUAAUCAGCCACCAUUUCACAGCAGCUCUAAAGCCCCCACCUCAGCCAGCUGAGGUCAACAUAAACUCAGCCAUAUACCCAGGGGGUCCACCGUCUCCCGUUCAAGCACCAAAGCUACUAAAGUUUGUCGACACAACAGAAAUGACACGCGGUCCACAAGAGACGCCCGGGUAUUGGGUAGUCUCAGGGGCUCGACUUGUGGUGGACAAGGGAAAAAUCUCGAUCAGAGUGAAGUAUUCUUUGCUAACUGUAAUUUUACCAGAUGAAGACGACGUGGCUGAGGAACCCUUUUAGAUGAAUGUCAAAAUUUAGAUGAUAUAUAUUAUAUUUUUGUACUCGUGUUUAGUAUGAUCCAUCUCUAAUAUGGUUUCGGGUUCUCCCCAAUUCGACGUGAAAGAAAAGAAAACAAGCUGAUGUUGUUGUUGGGGAUUGGUUUUACAUGAUUGUUGCGGCAUCUAUAUUCUUCUUGUUUUUAGUUCCCAGCAACUUUGAUCUUGUGCAAGAAACAAGUGAUAAGAAUUGGCAUGGAAUGUGUUCCAACCUCUGAUUCAAAAAAAGAGUAACAAGUUUGUUUCUUUGGUGGAACUUAGAGGGUAUUCUUGUAGUGCAGUAAACAUUAAUUUUGUAAAAAUUUGAAAGCUAAUAGCCAAUGGUGGAUGUACUCAUUGUUAUAUUA